UUUCUCCACAACCGGAUCACUUGGACCCUCGUCUUGACCGCGGAAACGUCUGCAAUGGACUGAAUGACAACACCGUCGCCUUCACAGCUUCUAUAUUUGAUUUUUCCCGGCUCAAAUUGAGAACUUUUUGUAGCAGAGAAAUGGCGAGUCCUCCGGGGGCGGCGGGACACUUAUUAUUGAAUGGCGUCAAGAAGUGCGGCGACCUGCGAAAACACAAACACGGACACCGGCGCUUUUUCGUGCUGAGAGAGCCAACCGAGAACUCUCCUGCACGACUGGAGUACUACGACAGUGAGAAGAAAUGGCGGAGCAAGGGCGCAGCCAAACGGGUGAUCGGUUUGGACUCCUGCCUCUGCGUAAACAAGCGGGCGGACGCCAAAAACAAACACCUGAUCGCUCUCUACACCAAGGACGAGUACUUUGCUGUGGCUGCAGACAGCGAGCAGGACCAGGAGAGCUGGUACGUGGUUCUGACGGACCUUCUGGCCGAGUGCAGGGUGUACGACAGCCCCGCGUCCACGUCCUCUCUAGUGGGCUUUGAGGAGGCCAGCUAUGGACUUGUUGCCCCUGCUGCCUACAAGGAGGUAUGGCAGGUCAAUUUAAAAUCCAGAGGCCUGGGUCAGGUGAAAAAUCUCACGGGCGUGUUUAGACUUUGUUUGUCCAGCCGGACAAUCAGUUUUGUGAAGCUGAACUCGGAAACGGCGGCGGUCUGUUUACAGCUGAUGAACAUCAGGAGAUGCGGCCACUCGGACAGCUUCUUCUUCAUUGAGGUAGGGCGAUCAGCAAUUACUGGGCCCGGAGAAUUCUGGAUGCAGGCAGAGGACUCUGUGGUGGCCCAAAACAUUCAUGAGACCAUUUUGGAGGCCAUGAAGGAACUCUCUGAGUUUAGGCCCAGGAGCAAAAGUCAGUCGGCCAGCACCACCCCGAUCUCUGUGCCCUCACGACGCAACCUCAACAACUUACCUCCAAGUCAGACGGGCCUGGUGAGGCGAUCCAGAACUGACAGCAUGGCUGCGACGUCCCCAGGGAGGAAGUUUACAUCCUGCCGAGUGAGAACCUCCAGCGAAGGAGACGGAAGUGUGCCGUGGCCUGUGUCCACAUCAAUGCCUGUGACCGCGAGUCCCACCAGUUCAAACUCUGGCGUUCAACUCAGCAGGUCCCACACACUAAGCAGCGGGCGCACUUGCAGGAUGCUAGAGUCGUCCUCUAACCUGCAUCACAGCCUGUCUGUAGCGAUGCCCAACUCCCCUCCUUGUCCCUCAAGCCCCAUCAGUGUUUCUCCUGGAUAUGCUGGGCUCUCCACCCCCGACAAGGCUGGCCGACCCUUCAGCUGCAGCACCUCCAUCUCUGGUUCCCUUAGCGACACCACCUUCAUACUGUGCGAUGAUUACAGCUGUAGUCCAGGCGAAGCAAAGUUCCUGCCCUUGUCCUGCACCGAUUCCCUGUCCAGCACCCCCCCAUCACGCAAUGAAGGAGCAGGGCUGGAUAAAGCUUACAGGAAGCGAACACACUCCCUCACCACGCCACCCCAGCAAAAGGUGGUUACACCGCUGUCCUCUGCCUCCCUGGAUGAGUACAUGCUCAUGAGGUUGAGCGGCUAUGGACACAACACCACCUCACCCAAAGUGAGCUAUCCAGAAGAUUAUGGAGACAUAGAGAUAGGCUCGUCCAGAAGUUCAAGUAGUAACCUUGGUGACGACGGCUACAUGCCCAUGACUCCAGGUGUGACGCCGCUAUCAGGCAAGGUAGACAACUAUGUGCCCAUGAGCCCCAUGUGUGUCUCUGCUCCAAAGCAGAUUGUAAACCCCAGAGUGCAUCCUCACGGGGCUGCCAGCAGGGGCUAUAAGACCAGCUCCCCCUCCAGCAUCUCACUGGAGGACAACGGUUACAUGAGAAUGUGGUGUGGCUCCAAGUCCUCCAUGGACAGCCCAGACAGGCAUGGAGAAUACAUGACCAUGUCACCAGGAAACCCCCCUGCACUGCAGACUCCCCCUGAUUACUAUACAGGUGCAACGGCUGUAGAACCGACAUCAGUGAGGGCAGCGUACCAAUCCAGCUCCCACACACUCCCUGCUAAUGUCCAAGCCUCCAAGAAUGAUGAGGGAAGCCAGUAUGUGUUGAUGAGCCCUCAGAGUUCCCUCCGGGGAGGGUCAGAUUCAGACUACUAUUCUAUGAUGCAACCUGCUGCAGCCCAAGCUUUGUCACAAAGCCCUUUAACGGCAUCCCCAGCAAGACAUGACUGGAUGGAGAACCGGCCCCACAGAGGGAGACUGGGCAGACCCAACAGGCUUCCCCUUGACACCAUCAAGACCCUGCCUAGCAUGAAUGAGCACCCAGUGCCCGGCAAGCCCAAUAGCCCCGGAGAGUACAUUAACAUCGACUUGGAGAAGAACCGAUUCUCUCUGCCUUCAAAUGAGUCUGCAGAGGGGAGGCUGUCGACUUUGACUUCAAGCGACGAGUGUUCCAAUAGGUGUUGUCUAACUUCUUACAGCAAACUUGAGUUGGCCUCGCACCCGCUAGAGGAGGCUGAAGGUAUUGCUGCAGACCACUUGGAUACACUCCCAGACUUGUCUAUGUGUCCGAGCUCAAAAGAGGAUGGGGUGUACCAUCUGGACGAGGAGAACAGGCCAAGAGAGAGGAAUGAUGUUGAAAGUGACUACACUGAAAGGACGUUUGGGAUGAACAGCUCAUCCCCGCAACUUGUCCCUCAGGGGACAACAAAGUACUGUAGCCAGAGCGGCAGAGAAAGGAGGCAUUCGUUGGAGGAGCUGGCAGUCCCUGAAGGCAUUGGGGUCUUCCUCCUUGAGGGUGCCUCUUCAUCCACACUGAACCCUGUUGGCUCCGCCAAGGUGAUUCGCGCCAACCCCCAAGGACGUCGACGCCAUAGCUCCGAGACCUUCUCCUCCACGGCCACUGUCACUCCUGUCUUCCCUUCAUUUGCUCGCGGGGAGACUGGGAAGAGGCACAGCUCCGUGGAGAACAUCUCAUCACGAAGCAGUGAGGGCUCGGACGAGGAGUAUGGAAGUCCCGUCAACCGCUCAGCUGGUUACCCUCACGGACUCAACUAUAUUUCCUUGAACCUACUGGAUGGCAAAUGCGAUGAGUUGGUUGGCUUCAAACCAGCAAGCAGCUGCAAAGGCGGCGUUGGUGGAUUACACAGCACGCCAUAUGCCUGCUUGGGCUUCAAGGAGGCUGCAACCACUGCCAAAGAUUGAAAUAGACAUCUCGGAUCAACAAGACACCAUUACUGACCACUGACAACCCAAAAGAUGACACACACACACACACACACACACACACACACACACACACACACACACACACACACACACACACACGUGCGUGUCUGUACUUUUUGCUGUGACCCAAAUGUGAGCUCGAGCAUGCAAGCAAAGGCACCGAUAUUACUGUAUAUUUAUUUAUUAAUAUAUAUGUAUAUAUAUAUAUAUAUAUAUAUAUAUAUAUAUAUUUUUGUUAUGUAUGUAUGUAUAUACAGUAUAUAUAUAUAUAUGUGUGUGUGUAUGUACAUAUAUGUAUGUAUGUAUAUGUACAUAUAUGUAUGUAUGUAUAUAUAUUUAUGUUUAUAUACACAUAUGUAUGUAUGUAUUUAUAUGUACAUAUAUAUAUAUAUAAUAUAUAUAUAUAUAUAUAUAUAUAUAUAUAUAUUAGGGCUGCAACAACUAAUCGAUUAAAAUUGAUUAUAAAAAUAGUUGGCGAUUAAUUUAGUCAUCGAUUCGUUGGAUGUAUGCUAUGCGCAUGCGCAGAGGAUCCUUUUUAUUUUUUAUUUUUUUUUAUAAACCUUUAUUUAUAAACUGCAACAUUUACAAACAGCUGAGAAAAAAUUAUCAAAAUAAGUAUGGUGCCAGUAUGCUGUUUUUUUCCAAUAAAAUACUGGAAAGGAUAGAAAUGACGUUUGUCUCUUUUAUCCGAUUAUUAAUCGAUUAAUCGAUGUAAUAAUCGACAGAUUAAUCGAUUAUCAAAUUAGUUGUUAGUUGCAGCCCUAAUAUAUAUAUAUAUAAAUAGGAACACACACACACACACACACACAUAUAUAUAUAUAUAACAAAUGCACACGUUUUACAGGUUAAGCCUUAACCCGGAAGUGAUUAAUCUUCAUUCAUAUUUGAUAACACAAUAUUUUAUUUUUAUUAAUCACAUGCGUUAGCGCAUUAAGGUUGACAGCCCUAAUAUAUAUAUAUAUAUAUAUAUAUAUAUAUAUAUAUAUAUAUAUAUAUAUAUAUAUAUAUAUAUAUAUAUAUAUAUAUAUAUUUUUUUUUUUUUUUUUUUUUUAAUCUAUAUUUCUGUGAUGAAAGUUUAUCAAAAGUAACUGGAGGAGCGAUCGCGCUACAGUACUAGCUCAAUCCCUCCAACACACGCACACACUGUGCACGUGCAUGUGUGCACCCCAGGGAUUACUGUCGAGGAGCGAUCGCACCUUGUGCAUGCAUGUGUUGAUAAUAAACCCUGCCCCAAAAAGCUGUAACCCUCGAGGGACCACCUCAGGUGUGUGUGUGUGUGUUGGUUUAAAGUAGUAAAGUAUCAGUCAGUGAACACUGUCCCUGUGAAAGUAUAGAAGUAUCUACAUAGAGAUAUAACAGGUGUGUUUAUUUUGAAGGAUUAAUAAUAUCUAUGAAGUUGAACCCAAUGCCUUAAAUGUCUAUAUUGUUAUUUUCUAUCAAAGAAUAAGAAUUUCUAUAUUGUUAUUCUAUUGUCAAAGUAUUUUAUGAUACAUUAUUCAAAAAAAUGGAGUAGGUAUGUUGUAUUAAUACUAAAGUAUUUUCAUGAUAUGCUAUUUAUUCUCACAAGUUUAUAUUUGUGUCAGUCAAAAAAUAUAUUUGUAAAUGUGUAAAGUUCUAUCCCAAUGUUCCGCCUUUUUGCCGACCUCCAGCGCCGCACCCUGAUGUGAUUGGACGGCAUGUACACGUGACAAUAGCAGGGACUUGACGGACACUAGCAAGAUAAAACAUGGAGGAUUUCAUGGGAAUAUGAGAACUAAAAUAACGUCCAAAUGAGAUUACAUUUGUGGGAAUCAUCACAAAUACUAGCAAAUACUAAUAUUCUUCCUGUACUUAGACCUUUCUUUGUCCAGUCAAAAUCAGAAUACAAUGACUACAGUACAAAUGUAUGUAUAGCACCACAUUGGCUCAAAAGGAAUUUGUAAGCAAAUACACACACUUCAGGGUACUAGACGUUGAAGUCUUAGAACCAGGUUCCACUGUAUACGGGUUGGUACGAGUACACACACUUCAGAGUACUAGAAGUUGAGUGCUUAGAAUCAGAUCCAAGUGUAUACGGAGUAGUACAGGUACACACACUUCAAGGUACUAGAAGUUGAAGGCUUAGAAUCAGGUCCCAGUGUAUACAGGGUAGUACAGGUACACACACUUCAGGGUACUAGAAGUUGAAGGCUUAGAAUCAGGUCCCAGUGUAUACGGGGUAGUACAGGUACACACACUUCAGGGUACUAGAAGUUCAAGGCUUAGAAUCAGGUCCCAGUGUAUUACUGACAUGGCAGAAUGCAAAAACAAGUUUAAAGAGUUCAUUGACGUUGGUAUUUAUGAUCUAUGCUUAUUCAUGUGCUGUAAAUUGAUUAACUGUGCUGAGAGUACAGAGAAUGAAUAAAUAUAGAUUUUACAACUAGAAUAUUCCUGUAAAAAAGAUUUAGAUUUUUUUUGACUGUGUGUUUAAUGUUUUCUUUUUCACAAUGUAAAAUAAAAAUAUAAUACCUGUACAUCAAUUGCCUUGUUGACAGACUUGCCCUAAUGGAAUAUGCAAUGGAGACAAUAUUAUAUUAUUAUUACAAUAUUGUAGUUUACAACAGCCCAACCAAAUGAACAUCUUUCUUUGGUUUGCGCUUUCUACAUUUUACUUUUUAGUCUGGUGUCCUCGUCUUCCAUUGUACAUUGAUCCAUUUACCGGUACAUGGAUACAUUGUGUACAUGAUCUAUUGUACAUCCAUGUCAUGAUGGCAACACUGACAACAGCUGAUUUGAAUGAUUUUCAUCCUUUCUGGUCGUCAGUUAUUGCAUUGAAUUGUAUAAACUGUACAGCAACCCAAACAAAUAAAUAUAUUUAAACAAA